UCUGUGCGGCAGUUUGGAAUCUGUUUUUCUGUUUUCUGUCUCCGUUACGUGUUUAAACAGAAAAUCUGUUUACAGGACGAACACUUGAACCACUACAGGACUUUAAAUCAUGCGGUGUGUUUCGGGGUGGGCUCUUUUGGCCCUGUUCUCUGUGUUAGUGGUGAGAGGUUUGGCGCAGGACUUUAAUUUGGCUGAUGCUUUGGAUGACGACAAGCCCGCUGUAACACCUAAACCCAAACCUAAAGAGCCUGCUGGAGGAGGAGGAGGAAAAGGGGAAGACCUAAGCCUUUUAGACUUUUUUGAUAUUAAACCUACCCAAGCGCCUCCCGUCAAGCCCAAAGACCCUGUCAAGCCCAAAGACCCUGUCAAGCCCAAAGACCCAGUCAAACCCACACAGAAGCCAAAACCUAAACCAGAUUCAAGUGAGUUUGACCUUAGCGAUGCUUUGGACCCCAAAAAUGACAUCGGAGGUAAAGGUAAAGGAGAUAAAGAUGUUUCUGGAGGUGGCAACAAACCCAAAGGUGGAAGUUCUGGUGGGAGCUUUUCUGAUUUGGAUCUUAUUGAUGUGGGAAAUGAUGACACCUACAAACCUGACAAAGGGAAAGGUGGACGAGGAAAUGCAGGCGGCAAUGUGAACCCUACUGGUGACACAGAUUAUAACGAUAUGCCAGAGACUGUCACCAUCGCUGGCAUUGCAAGUGCUGUCGUCAUGGCACUGGUCGGUGCAGUGAGCAGCUACAUCUCAUACCAGAAGAAAAAAUUCUGCUUCAGCGUACAACAGAGCCUGAAUGCAGACAUGGUGAAGGCAGAAAAUCCGGACGCUGUGGUGGCCCAGGAACCCCAAGUUCAGCAAACUCUACUCCAGCCCCCAAACGCUGAGCCGCCCACAGAUGACAAUGUAGUGUAAGCAGUCAUGCAUUUCCAGCAAGAAGAGAGAGCACUGCUCAGUGCAGACCCACCAUAGGGAUAGAAAAUGACAUCUACAUCUUCGGCUAUGGGAUUAAAUCAAAUGAUCUGUGAAUACUUAUUUUAUUUUAAUGUUUGCCUUCAUCACCACUAAUGUGACUGUUUACAUUGUUACCCUUAUGAAGUUGGAAAUUCAGAACAAAAAUGAUCAUGUUUGUUGUUGAUGUGUAUAUUUUGCUUCAGUGAAGGCAACACAGUCUACAUUCAUUGAUUCACGCUGCCUCACAUUUUCAGGGUUUAUCAAGCUGCUUUCACACUUUAAUGAGAGCAUCACCGUGUAAAUAGUGUGUAUCAUCAAACUAAUUGACAUGUCCACUAAUGAAAUAACAGUGAUGAUGAUGGCGAUGCUUUAUGUAUCUGCUUUAAGAGGGAACGUUUUAUGGCAAGGGAGAUCAGUUCUGGUUCUGUAUUAUUGUCCAGCACAAUUGGUAGAUUUCCUGAAUCUAAAUCUAGCAUAUGUAUGAAAACACACAGGAUCACAACCAGAGUAAUGUAUUCUGGUUGUAAUGUAAUGCACAACAGACAAGCACUCCCUUGAUAAUUCUGGAUUUUGUUAAAACAUCUGUUAAACAUUGAUAAACACUAUUAAAACUCGUACACAACAAUUACAGUUUUUAGGAGCAACACUAUGGGACAAUGCUAGACGACUUGUGGUAGUGGUUAAAAUUUUAAGACAUCCUUACUUCUGUAUUUCCUCAUUUUCAAAAGUUUGAACACAGCCAUACUUAACCCCUUAAGAGCCCUGUAAGAAGUCUCGUUGUGCUGUAAAAUACUUUAACAAUAAUAAAUCAUGUAUUUGGGGCAGUUGAAUUUAUAUAUCAAAUGAUUUCUCUGCUAUUUUCCUUCCUGUGUCAGGUCAGGCUAGGUAUGUGGCUGAAAUGCUACAAGGUAAAGUUCACUUUGUUAAAUAUUGAUCUUUAGCUCUACAUAAUUGCUAUACACACACACCCAUUCAUACAUGUUAGAGCAGAGAAAUCUGCAUUGUGCUGGACCUGCAGGACCAAAGCUGGUUUUCUCUAGUUUACAAAUGGAUUACUGAUGAAUGUGCUGUUAAAAUCAUUUCUAAUGGCUAAAAAUGUAUAAUGUUUUUACGUGUCCUUUUUUACAUUUAAACAUAUUGACAUGAAUUGUACAUAUAUGCCCUGUUUAAGGAGUAAUUUGAAGGAAUUCAUGUAAAUACUAGGUUUUUUGUGACCGAGUAGAUGUUUUUAGAGAAGGAAAAGAAAAAGACUUAGACGGAAGUGAAACAAACCCAUGGCUGCUCACACUUUCAUUUGCUUUACAACUGGAAUUGAGUACACGUGUGAUUGUGAUGAAGAAACUGUUUACUAACUUUCUCUGUUGUGUGUGUUUUGAUUACUGUUACAAUAGUGGUAGAAGACUUACAGACCAGUCGGUACAUUAGCUAUAAUGAACAUGUUCGAGUACAGUUGUGUGAGAUAAUACUAAUAGAUAAAAUAUGUAGAACGCAGGUCUUUCCUACAUUAGAACAAAUGUUACGGUUUGUAUUGUUAGGGAACUUACCUUUUCGCAACUUUUUAACAAUAUUGUGUUUGUAAAAUAUGUUUUGCGUGAAUUCAAGUUUGUAUUUGAAUACUGGUGUAUCUUUAUAUACACACUCGUCAUUUAUGUAUAGCUGUAUUUGUGUGCCCUAGACUUUCAGCGGUCGUUCAAUCGGGUUGUCCUAGCUGUCAGAUUAACAGUAGAGUAUUCAGGCAUAGACCUGUAUGUAUUUAACUCUUUAGACUCUUUUACCCAUCGCUUUUGCUGUUGCCUUAGAAAUGAUGGCUGUGUUUCAAUAGACCUGUUUGGUGACUUGCUUCUUUUAUUAGAAGGAUGUGCUCUAGAAGUAUUGUUGUGUGAAUGGGUUUGUUAGUGGAUUUAAGGGAUCCAGUGUAGCUUUCAAAUAAAUUACCUUUACAUAUUCUACUCAUAGACAAUUUUCUGUAUGACUCUAUAUGAAGGUGUUUAAGUCGCAAAAAUAGGUGACUAAAUAAUUGUUUGUCAUAUAGGCAAGACCAGGCUUUCUCUCGAAAGUGGUUACCUCUCCCCUAACUGAUAAAGUGCAAGUGUAUGUGGAACUUUGAUAUUGGGGUCCACUGCAUAACAGUUUUUCCUGCUGCUCUUGUACAUCAUUCAGCAUAUGGGCCAAAGAGUUCUUCAUAUGCUGAAUGAGACGUGUUGGAAGGCUUUAGCACUAAUGUGGAGGAACACGAUACGCAAUUUACCAGCACCCAGCUUAUCCAUUAGUGGUCUAUACCACUAGUCAAAAUGUAUACAGGAUGCUUCUAAACAGCAAACGGUAAAGCAUUUGCCCUAUUUUCCAGACAUUUUGAUGCUUGUUAUGCCAUAUCCAGCAUGACCAGGAGUUUUAGGAAGGGUGUUAUUUCUCCCAUAUUAUUCAUUAGGGUGAUAACCAAUCUCAAUUGUCUAAAGUUAUGGAGAAAGUGAGGAGUCAACAUGUUUGGAAGAAGGUGACAAAGUUGUUGCAUGAGCUGCAGAGAAAAAUUAUGUGGUAGCUAUAGCUCUCAGCCCUCCAGACUGAUAACUGUUGAGUGUUAAGUGAAGACUUAACAAUCAGAUAGAACUGACAGCAACAAAAUUAGGAUAUAAUUGGUUGGAUAAAACUUGUUGGAUAACUUUAGCUAUAAAGACUGAAUGUGUUGUAGAUGAGAUUUGAAACACAGCCAUUUUACUAGCUGAGAUAUUCCAGCUUUUCCCAGUCCUGUCACCUCCUUGAACAGCCUACUUUUGAUGCACCUUUGCUAUGUUUUUCGCCACUUAUUGCUGCUGGUUAUUUACUUGCCUUACUCUGUGCACAGAAAUACAGCAGCACAUACAGUAGGGAGAACAGUACUGAAUGUAGCAGUUAAGACCCAAUGCUUCAGAUGAGUGUGCAUUUAGUUCAAUUUUUGGUCCUUCUUUCAAAAAGCAAUACAUUCACACCAACUGUCUCACGCUGUGAUGAAAACUAUUACACAAAUCUUAUCAGUGGUUGUUUUAUAGCUGCCUCUUUCCAACCAAAAAAAACAGAAGUUUGCAAUGUUUGUGUUUUUAAUGUUAAUUUGUCAUGCCAUGUAAUCUUUUAUCAAUUUUUUCUCCCAAUUUUCUCCCCUAAUCUAGUCGUGUCCAAUUACCCUGAUUUUGUCCUCUAUACUGAUUCGACCCUUCACCGCUGACUGAGGACGCUUCUCAACUGACAUACGCCCCCUACGGCACGUACAGUCAGUACAGACUGCAUAUUUCACCUACACGAGUCGAGUUCAUACACUGACGGGCACUGUGUACGGAGGGCCACACCCCCAUCAGCAUUAUUCCUCAGCCCUGUGCAGGCGCCAUUAGUCAGCCAGCAGGGGCUGCAGUUGCACCAGUUAUGAGAACCUAUGAUCCGACUUUUUACCCCUAUGAACAACAGCCAAUCGUUGUUCAUGCAGCCGCCCCGCCCAGUCGGAAGGCAGAGCUGAGAUUCGAUACGAUGUAUUCGAAACCCCAACUCCGGUGUGCUAGCGUACUUUUUACCGCUGCGCCACCUGAGCGGCUAGUUACAGCAAUGUUAAACACAGACAAAUAAUGUCAAAUGAUGUCAAAUCUAUUUACAUUUAAUAUUUUAUGUGCAGCACUAGGGAUUCAAAUUGUAACCAUUUCUUUUGACCGAUAACUGAACACCAUUAGUUGCCGGUUAACCAAACAGACAAGCGUCCCACCAAAAUAUAAAACACGUUCUAGGUAAAACACAUAAGUCUCACGUUUUAGUGAUUAAUAAACAGUAUACCGACAAGUAGAACAGUAGGAUGAACAUAAACACCGUGUACAGAACCACUUCAGCUUUUAAAAUAUUACAAACCUAAACUAAACAUGCUAAUCACAAACUGACUCAGACAAUAAAUUAUAGUUAUUUUAAAAUGAUUAGCAGAGAUUUACCUUUAUAUUGGUGCAUGACGCAAAAUAUCCACAUCAGCGUUAAGUUAUCAUGUUUGGGUUGAUCCUCUGAAUGAGGUUAGAACCGUAGCUGGUGCAUGCGCGCUGGGUCCAACGUUCUUUACAUUAAUUACAUAAACAAUCACUUUUUUAACAGUUAAUCAUUAGCAUCCAUAAACAACACUGCAGCUGAGAGAUCUAGGGUGGAACCCAAGAGUUACAAACACACCCACACAACUACAUUUAUUAGGUGCAGCUGAGCUGAAUUUGAAGGCAUGUUUAAAAAUCAGCGUCCCUGGUUAGCAUCGUGUUUUUCAGUCCUGAUUUUGAAGUGUGUCAGAUCUUUAUGUUUUUUUUGUUGCUCCAAACACCCCUGAUUCAACCAAAUAGCUGUUUAAUUAAGUGUGGCAGAUACUUUAGGACUAGAACUAAACAACACUGGUUUUAAGCAAGCUAUCAAGACAAAUGCCAAGUGAUUAAACAGGUGGAAUCAGGUGAAGCUCUUGUUAGGUUGCCAUUAAUAUUUGACCUUCAUGUGAUUAAUUGUGGAUAGGAGCAGGUACCCUUGAUAUUGUGGGGUAACAAGAAGCUGUUACCUUAAUUGCACAUAGACAGUGUUGAUUGUUAAACCUUAAGAAAUUAGGUUAAAUGGCAUAAAUCUAGGACAUCAUUAAGUUUUAUUUGGUCUUUUAAUGUUAUUUAAUAGACAAGGUAAAGUGGAGCUGCCAAACGUGAUUAGACACAAGUUGACCGUAAUUAACUGUGUACUAAAAUGAUUUGUAACUAAUAAACUUUAAAUUUAAACAUCAA